AUGACGUUGCUGUCUUGUUCCUUCACAAGUUCUUCUUUUCUUCAACGAUUCCUCAGAUCGUCUUGGUCACUGGCAAUGUUGGCACGUAGUUCGUCUACUGUCGUGGUGCCAAACGACACCAAUGUGCUCCCAUUCUCAGCAAUGCCAGGCCUAAAAGGUAGCAUUCGAAAUAUCUUGGAUUAUGCGUAUACGAAGGGCUCGUUCUUUGACGUUGUAACAGAACGAUUCAAAAGAUAUGGUCCAAUUUACAGUGAGAAAAUACUUGGCACGCAAAUUGUGAAUAUUUCGGAUGUAGAAGCCACGAUAAAGGUUUUACGAACCGAAAAAUCUUUUCAAAUGCGGCCGGGCUUCGAAGCCCUAGAAGACGUUGGGGACGAAGUUAAUCCCGGUGGAGGUAUUGGCAUUGCCUCGAACGACUACGAAAAAUGGUAUCGUCAGAAAUCGCUGCUGUCGCCGAAGCUGAUGCGCCCGAAAUACGUUCGUGAAACAUUGCCUAUAUUAAAUACUGUAGCAGAUGAUUUUGUGAAGCGAAUGCAGCGACUUUCGGAGCGUGACGGGACGAUAAGUAAUCUUGAGGAGGAGUUACCAUACUGCACUGUUGAGGCAAUGGCUGCGUCGUUGUUCAAUCAGCGCCUUGGUUUCUACGACCAUCCUCAAAAUCCGGACGCAGUUGCGUAUGUCGAGUCUGCCAAAGAGGUAGUGGAAAAUAUUGGAACACUCUCGAUCACUGCUCCUCUUUACAAGUACAUCAAAAUCCCGGCGUAUUACGCGUUAAGGAAAAGUUUUCUUACAAAUAUUGCCACUGGUAUGGACAUUAUCAAUAAAGAGUUGGCAAAGAAACAGAAACAACAAAGCGAUAGUAAGACAGAGACGUUUUUCGAAUAUCUGUCUGCCAACGAAAAGGUUACACCGAAGAGAAUGGCACUGUAUCUUACUGGAUUGAUGGCAGCUGGUAUUGAUACGACCAGUACGACGUGUCUUUGGCUGCUUUACGAACUGUCUCGGCACCCAGAAGUGCAGGAGAAAGUCUAUCAGGAGAUGGUAUCUGUCCUUGGCCCUGACGGGGAAGUAUCAAAAACAAACAUUCAACGUUUAUCGUUCAUCAAAGCAACUCUGAAAGAGUCAGGUCGCAUGAAUCCUGCCGGUGCGUUUGUGGUUGCUCGGGUAUUUGAUAAGGAUCUCGAUGUUCUCGGCUACCGUAUCCCAGCUGGCGUAUAUGUUUUAUUGCACGAACAUUUGCUAUCGGUUGAUCAGCGCUAUUACGGGGAAGACGCGAAGAAGUUUGUGCCAGAGCGAUGGCUGCGUGACGAAAUGGGAAAGAAGAAUGAUCUAAAUGCGUUUACUUCAUUACCGUUCGGUUAUGGAGUAAGAAUGUGUUUAGGUCGGAGAUUAGCCGAGUCAAUGAUUUAUACUUUGGUAAGCAAACUCUUACUCAGUUUUCGUUUGGAGUACGCAGGAGAUACUGCGGUGAACAAGGACAUAAAGGAUGGGUUAAUGAAGCCAGACCAACCUGUCUUAGUGAAAUUCAUACCAAGAAAAAAAGACACAUAUGGACUAGUUAAUGUUUAA